AUGUUCCGAGCGGCGGCGGCUGGGCCGUUUGACGAGGUCGUCACCAAGGCGACUGACGAGAAUCUGACGUCGGAGGACUGGGGCGCCAUCAUCGAAGUAUGCGACAAGGUGUCUGGCGACCCCAACGGCUCCAAGGAAGCCGUCCAGAGCAUGAUCAAGCGACUCGCCCAUCGCAACGCCAAUGUUCAGCUCUAUACUCUUGAGCUUGCGCACGCCCUCUGCCAGAACUGCGGGAAGCAGAUGCACCGCGAAAUUGCCAGUCGUGCCUUUACCGAGGCCCUGCUGAAGCUGGCAAACGAUCGCAACACCCACCAGCAGGUCAAGAGCAAGAUCCUGGAGAAGAUGCAUGAGUGGAGCGACAUGUUUAGCAGCGACGCCGACCUGGGCAUCAUGAACGACGCCUUCCACAGGCUGAAGCAGAGCAACCCCUCGCUGCAGCCGCCCAGUGCGCCCCGGAAACAGGGCCUGACCGACCAAGACCGGCAGAAAGAGGACGACGAGCUGCAGAUGGCACUCCGGCUCAGCUUGCAGGACGAGGAACGAAAGAAGCCGGCCCAGGCCACGCCGGCCUCACAGGCCUCAUCCAGCAGUCAGCAACAGCAGCAGCAGCAGACUACCCCUGGGUCUACGGCGGUGCCCUCGGGUACUACGGCUGCCACGGUCAGCAGGGUGCGCGCCCUCUUUGACUUUGUGCCUACCGAGCCCGGCGAGCUGGAGUUCAAGAAGGGGGAUGUCAUUGCUGUGCUGGAGAGCGUGUACAAGGACUGGUGGCGCGGGUCGCUCAAGGGCAAGACGGGCAUCUUCCCUCUCAACUACGUUGAGAAGCUGACGGACCCCACGCCCGAGGAGAUGCAACGAGAGGCCCAGAUGGAGGCAGAGGUCUUUGCAGAGAUCAAGAACGUGGAGAAGCUGCUCACGCUGUUGAGCGCCUCUAACACGGGGCCGCGGGAGGAAGACAACGAGGAGAUCUCGAAACUAUAUCACCAGACGCUUGCCAUUCGCCCGAAGCUGAUCAAGCUUAUCGAAAAGUACUCGCAGAAGAAGGAUGACUUCACGCAGUUGAAUGAGAAAUUCAUCAAAGCCCGAAGAGACUAUGAAGCGCUGCUCGAAUCGUCCAUGUCUCACCCUCCUCAGCACAACUACCAACAGUAUGCCAUGCGCCCUGCGCAGGCCUAUCCUCCCCCAGCAGGCACCUACCCACCCCAGCCUCAGCAGCAGGAUCCCCAGAGAUUCUACACUCCUGGGCCUCAAGGCCGUCCACAGUUCCAACAGACGUCUUCCCCUCCACCUAACUUCCCGCAGUCUGGAGCGCCGCCCGCGCCCUUUUACGUAGCAGGGUCUGAGGUGCCGACUCAUGCCGCCGCCGGUCAGCCACCCGCUGCUCAGCAGCAGCAACAGUACCCUCCGAGCGACCACGGUCCUAGAAUACCCGGCAAUGGCAACCAGCCUCCCCCUCUCAACACCUCAACAUCGCCUUCCCAGAACUUCAACCCCUUCAAGCAGCCUCCAACCCAGGGACCACCAAGCACCUAUGGCGCCCAGGAACUGGCCACAUCUGUCUACGACUCUCCCAUUGCUCCCAACAACCCGACCUCUGCCGCUACAUUCUCCAGCUCCGUCUAUUCUCAAGAAGGCCCUGGGAUGCCUCACCCGAAGGAUAACGAGCCUACAGCUCCGUACAAUACUCAACAACCAGCAUACCAGAGCUACCAGCCUCCCCAGCAACCACCCUCUGCUCCUCCCAACCAGGCUUCACAGCGCCCUCCCAACGUGAUGAGCCCGCCACCUCUGCAGCCCAACGGUGCUGCGUACGACGCCCGCCAGGGGCUGCCCAGUCAGUCAGCCGGUGGUUCAGGGCCGCAGUAUAGGCCGUAUGUGCCCCCAGGCUCGUCGGAACCUAGCGCUCCGGCUCCAAACGACUACUAUCGCCAAUCCGGCGUCUACUGA